AUGCCUUUCUCGCUUAAUUCAAAACGCAAAUCUCUCGACAUAAAGAUUGAUGUGGAACUUUCAGAGAUCGCUCCCCAGAGGGAUCUCAUUCUUGAACGAUAUGAGCUUAUAAGGGACAAAUCGGCCGAGGAGCGACGAGAAAUUGAAAAGUCACUUGUUCAAAAACUAGACUUUAAAUUCUUGCCCAUGGUUACAGCAAUGUUGAUGAUGAACUAUCUUGAUCGUAUCAAUGUCUCAAAUGCGCGAUUGGCGGGCAUGCAAAAGGAUCUGGGUAUGAGUGAUCCUCAGUGGUCCGCCGGAAUUUCUAUGUUCUAUGUCGGAUACAUUAUCUCUCAAAUACCUGCCAAUGUUAUCAUCGCCAAAGGAAGUCCUCGUCUUCUCCCUCUUUGCAUGCUCGCCUGGUCUAUAGUCACCAUAUGCAUACCUGCUGUGACAGCGUCAUGGGCAUUUAUCUUUUGCCGUUUUCUUAUUGGUCUUGUUGAGGGGCCUUUCGUUCCUGCUGUCUCGUUGAUGACUUCAUCCUGGUAUACGAAACACGAGUCUCCUCUUCGGAUGGGUAUAUGGCACGCCGGUAACACUAUCUCACACGCGCUGUCGGGUCUUCUUGCAGCUGGAAUCCUUCCCAACAUGGAAAGAGUGGGAAAUAUUAGGGCGUGGAAAUGGUUUCUUCUUCUGGAAGGUAUGGUCAGCAUUGUCGUAAGCUUCUGGUAUAUCCCAAAUUUCCCCAAUUCGACAGGCUCAUACUUCAUUACUGAAGAAGAGUCUGCCAUGGCUCAGUAUCGGGAAUCGGUUUCUGCUGGUGGGCUAUCUGAGGAUGAUUCAGGCGGCCACUGGGAUGGUUUCUGGAAUGCCAUGAAGGACCCUUUUUCGCAUCUCUUUGCGGGUAUUCACUUUUCCUUGAUUAUUGCGCAGUCGUAUAAAGACUUCUUUCCCUCGAUCGUGAAAACUCUUGGAUUUAGCAAUAACAUCACAUACCUCAUUCAAGCACCCCCGCCAGUCAUCGCUUUCUUAGUGACUUUGGGAAUCUCCUGGUCAUCCGGAUGA